AUGCCAACCACGUUCGCCGGAGGUCACGGCAUCAAUAACCAAGACCUCGACAUCCCCAAGCGCCUGUCGUUCGUGAGUGGCACCUCGCAACCAAAGGACAUCGAGGACGGCAGCUAUGUCGGCGCCAAGACCCCCGAGCGUGUACCCAUCGGUGCGCUCCCUCCCGGAGGAGAAGACGGCGCCAUACGUGAAGGCGGCAUGCCCGUGUUGACGAGCAAGGAGAACCUCGGACUGCUGUUCGAGUACGCCGCUGUUGGACUCGUGUACGGACUGCUGCCGGAGACGAUCUACCCGUUCAUGCAGGAGUACCUCAACUGUUCCGGCGCUCAAGUGACUGCUGCGAGUCAGCUUGUGGUGCUGCCGUGGAGCUUCAAGGUCUUCUACGGCAUCCUGACCGACUGUCGCCCGAUCUGCGGCUACCGCCGUCGACCGUACAUGAUGAUCGGUUGGGGCAUUUGCUUCGCCAUGCUGCUGGUCAUGUGCAUCAUGCCCAUUGGCAAGCCAUACUUCACAAAUGUGGAUGACAGAGAGGUCGACAUCGCCGACUACACGCCAGAGCUCGAAGCGCGCAUCAACUACGACGCUCCAUCGGAAGGCGCCAAGUACGUGAUGCUCAUGUUCUUCGCGGCGUUUGGCUACGUCAUGGCGGACGUGAGCGCUGACAGUAUCACGGUGGAGCUGGCCCAGCGUGAACCUCUCGAAAAGCGUGGCAAGACGCAGUCGUGCAUCUACGCCGUGCGAACGGUCAUGGUGAUCGUGGGCCAGUUCCUUACUGGUUUCUUUUUCAAUGGAAAAGAGUACGGCGGUGACUUCAACUUCUCGCUGAGCUUCCCGCAGCUCAUGAUCAUCGUGGCCGUGCUGAUGCUUCCUGUGUUCCCGACGACGUGGUACUACAUCAAGGAGGAGAAGAGAGAGGCCGCCAACUUCAAAGAGUACAUCAGCAGCUUCUGGGACUUGCUCUGCAGUCGCGCGGUGUACCAGGUCAUCGCGUACAACUUCUUCUCGCACAUCUUCGCCGACAUCACGUACACCGGCAGCUCCCCAGUCCAGAAGUACAUGGUGGGCGUCACUCCCAUCAACAACACCAUCAGUAACAUCCUCAGCAACCUGCUCUUCAUGAUCGGCAUCAUGGUUACCUCGAAAUGGGGGCUGCACUGGAACUGGCGCUGGAUGAUCGUCGUCACUGGAGCUGUGGUGAUCGUCGUGGACUGUACAAUAACCAUGAUCGUCAUCUGGGACAUCUUCCGCAACCAGUGGUUCUGGCUUGGCCCUCCCAUUGCCGUCCAGCUCCCGUACGGCGUCGGCUGGAUCAUCUCGACUUUCGUGACUGUGGAACUGGCCGGACUGGGCAACGAAGCGGCCGUCUACGGCCUCCUGACGACGGUGACCAACGUCGCCGCGCCCUUUGGUUCAGCGUUGACGCUCGUGAUCAAUGCCCCGUUCAACAUCACGAACAAGCGGAUCCAACAGGACGACCACUCGAUUCGCAUGGAUCUCACCUAUACCAUCAUCAUCAUGUAUGCCAUGACCAUCUUUGCGUGGGUCUUCCUGCCCCUGCUGCCCAAGCAAAAGGAGGACACGCAACGACUGCUCCGCAAGGGCGGUCACAGCAAGCUCAUCGGCGGCGUCACGGUCGCCUACCUGAGCUUCGCGAUCGUGUGGUCCGUCAUGACCAACAUCAUGGCUAUCUUUGAGAGCACGGCGUGCCUCGUCAUUGCGGGGGGCACUGGCUGCUAA